GAGUGCGGUGGAUUGUGUGUGAAAAUGGGUGAAAAAGUGAAAACUUCUGCGAUGUUAGUGCAGAUUCUGGCGACUAUGAGCAUUGCUUACCUUACCGGGUUAACAGGCUUCGUCUACGCCUGGCCAUCAUACACAUUCGAAACGUUUACCACUAAUAAAACAGUUCUAUCUGAACCAAUGACAUCCACACAGAUAUCUUUGUUGGGAAGUUUGACGAAUAUCGGUGGGCUGAUGGGAACGCCUCUGUGUGCGUUGGUCGUUGACAGGAUUGGCAGGAGGUAUUCGGCUAUGCUGUUCGGAUUGCCUUUUGUUAUCGCAUGGUCAAUAAUAACACUAACGAAGUCGAUAAACGUAGUCCUCUUCGCUAUUUGGUUCGCUGGUUUUGGCGCGGGUGGGCAAGCAGUAUCGUCAAUAUAUAUUUCGGAAAUAUCCCAAGAUUCAAUACGAGGCGCACUUACAUCAUCGACUGUGUCUAGUUUCUUUAUCGGAUUACUGCUGUCCUAUUUCUUGGGAGGACAAUUGACGUAUUACCAAGUGGUUUAUGUACAUUUGGGACUGUCGAUUCUUUAUAUUAUGUUAUUGACGUUGUUGAAGGAAUCACCUGUGUAUUUAGUGCAGCAUGGGAAGGAAGAGGAAGCAGCAAAAUCGAUUGCAUUUUAUCGUCGAGUGGAUGCAAAGUCUAAGGAAGUUGAAAUUGAAAUAAGAAAGAUUAAAAUGCAACUAGAUCCACGAAUUAAUCAAAUAUUGCAAGGAGAUGAAGAUCCAUCUGCAGCUCUAGAUUUAAUAGAAAAGCCAGCGGUAACAAAUGAAAAGAAUCAAUCACCUUGGAAAUUUUUAGUGAGGUCUGAAUCAUCAAAACGGGCGCUAUUCUCAGUUCUCUUCAUUAUGGGCAUUACGAUUCUCAUGGGGCCAAUCGUGUUACAAGUAUAUGCUGAGCCCUUGUUCAAAGAGGCUGUGCCAACCAUGCACCCGAAUUUAUGUUCUAUUCUGUUGGCCAUAGACUACCUUAUUGCAGCGCUGGUUUGCGCAUCCGUGAUUGACAGAUUUGGGAGGAAGUCGCUGAUGACAGUUACAUCUAUAGCGUCAGCCAUCUUUAAUAUUCUUCUUGGAAGUCAGCUACACUUACACUGGGCCCCACACUGGUUCACAGCCUUUAUCAUCUAUGCGUACAGCUUUGUGUUCAACCUUGGAGCUGCUGUAGUACCUUUUGUACUCACUGCUGAGGUGUUUCUUCCUGAGGUUCGAGGCAUCGGAAACAGCCUAUCCAUGGUUUGCAUGUGGGUCAUGAACUUCGUGACUCUCAUGAUAUUCAAUCCCCUAGUGGACAAAGUUGGUCUAGGACCUACCUUCUAUUUCUUCUCCAUAGUGUGUUUGAUUGGAGCCAUGUACAGUCAGUUCUGUCUACCAGAAACUAAGGGACUUUCUGCUGACGCUAUACAAGUAUUGUUUUUGAAGAAACGACCAUCUUCUGUAAAGGCUUAGGCUUAGAUUUUUAUAAGCGUGAAUUUUGAUCGUGUAAGCUUUUUAACAGACUUUUAUUAGCAUCACCUGUGUGUGGUGUAAUCAACUCUCAUUUUUACUUUGAACGGACAUAUUUAAUUGUACACUUGUCAAGGGUCAUUUAUAAUAUUAUAAUAGUUUCUUAAGAUUAAAUAAAUUUAUAAAUCAAUUAAAAAUUAUUAUACUUUAUAAGUAGAUCAUAAAAUUAUCUUUUAAUUGAAGUUGUGUGAUACUAACCUUUAUUUUAAAUAUAGGCUUAAUAUUUACUUCUUUCAAAACUAUUUCGAUUUAAAAGAAUAGAGUAAGGCGACUAUUUUGGUAUCUUUGAAUCUUGCAAACGAAGUUUCACUUCUGACACGUGUGCUCGGCACAAACGCUCUGUUUUAUAGAUGGAGUAGUUCUUGAGUAAUGUUUUAGUAUAUUAUCAUUUGUAUUUUAAAUAAGUAUUGCAUUAUGUAUUUGUUUAGUAAGUAUAUAGGUAAAUAUGUUUUCUACAACACGGGCCAAGCCAAAGCCAAAUGCCAAUAAAAAAUAAUGUUUUCUUAGCUCAUUGAGAACUUGUUUUAAAUUCUAUACGAAAAUGUGAAUUUUUAUAUUAUUAUUAGAUAGAGGUGUCAGUCGAUUGAAUAAUUGGGCCUGUAUCAGUACUGGUUUUUGUUAAAUAUACAACGUGCUUUGUGACUGUGCAAAUACCUAUGUAAAAAUAUAAAAAAAAAUACAAAAAUUAUAUUUAUGAAUUAUAUACUU